GCCAAAGACACCAGCAGUUUUGUUCAGCAAGGUUUAUUCAGCAGUCAACAAACAGUAUUUUAAAAAAUGCCUUCUUUCAAAUGGUCAAUUCGAGUAAAUGAGGACAAAGCGUACGUGUUUGUCAACGGUAUUCGGCAUUCCAAAAAUAGUGUAGAAUAUUUGCAUGUUCUGCGCGCUGAAGUGGGAAAAUUUAAGAAUCGCGUGGCUGUAAAGUUGAUUUUCGUUCGAGGGGCAGAUGGCAAAAGAGAACACUGUUUCUUCUCCACAGGGAAAUAUGACUGGUCAGCAAGCAAUGGGCUUUUCCGUGAAAUUGUUGCGACUGAAAAUGAGCAACAAUGGGCUGCAAAAUGCAAUGAAGCCAUUGAAAAGUUAGAAAAGCAAGAUUGCGCUAAUGAUGGUCAAGAUCAACAAAAUCAAGGUGGAUCCAAGGAUUCCGAGCCUGUUUUAAUCACUAAUGAAGAUUAAGCUAUAAAUUUAAAAAUGGGAUC